CAAAGUUUAUUCCCUCUCUGUAUAGUGGCCAAUAUGGGACGGCUCCACCUCUCUAUCGAUCUACGGCCGCUACUCUUCCUGGCAUUCCUCCUAAUCGCAGGAUCCUCGAGGGCCGCAGCGCUGCCGCUGUCCACGAGCUCCCGGUGGGUCGUGGACGAGGGCGGGCGGAGGGUGAAGCUGUCGUGUGUGAACUGGGUGGCCCACCUGGAGGGUGUUGUGGCAGAGGGGCUGAGCAAGCAGCCGCUGGACGACAUCUCGAAGCAGAUUGGUGACAUGGGGUUCAACUGCGUGAGGCUGACUUGGCCGCUAUUCCUGGCCACUAACGACUCCCUCGCUGCCCUCACCGUACGGCAGUCGCUCAAGGGGCUCGGCCUGAUCGAGGCCGUCUCCGGCUUCCAGGCCAACAACCCCACCCUUAUUGAUCUCCCCCUCAUCCAAGCUCACCAGGCAGUGGUCAAAAACCUUGGGGAGAACAAUAUUAUGGUGAUAUUAGACAACCACAUAAGCAAGCCCGGCUGGUGUUGCAGCAGCUUCGACGGCAACGGCUUCUUCGGGGACACGUACUUCAACCCGGACAUCUGGGUCAAGGGCUUGACUAAAAUGGCCACCCUCUUCAACGGGGUUGCCAACGUGGUCGGGAUGAGCCUGAGGAACGAGCUCCGAGGGUCCAGGCAGAACACGAACGACUGGUACAGGUACAUGCAAAGAGGAGCGGAGGUGGUCCAUGCGGCGAACCCGGAUGUGCUGGUGAUCCUAUCGGGCCUGAGCUAUGACAAGGACUUGUCGUUCCUCCGGACCCGGCCAGUGAACCUAUCAUUCACGGGGAAGCUGGUGUUCGAGGUGCAUUGGUAUGGGUUCUCGGAUGGGCGGGCAUGGCUCGAUGGGAACCCGAACCAAGUAUGCGGGAGGGUGACGGACAACAUCAUGAGGAUGUCCGGGUUCCUGCUCGAGAAGUGGCCGUUGUUCAUGAGCGAGUUCGGGAUUGACCAGCGGGGUACCAACGCCAACGACAACCGGUACUUCAACUGCUUCAUGGGCCUGGCUGCUGAGCUGGACCUGGACUGGGCCCUGUGGACCCUCGUGGGCAGCUAUUACCUGCGGGAGGGUGUAGUGGGCCUCAAUGAGUACUACGGGGCCUUGAAUUGGAAUUGGUGUGAGGCCCGGAACUCCAGCUUCUUGCAGAGGAUCUCAGCCCUUCAAUCCCCUUUCCAAGGGCCUGGGAUAUCAGAUUCCAAUAUGCACAAGAUCAUAUUCCAUCCGAUGACGGGCCAAUGCGUGGUGCGGAAGUCACUGCUGGACCCACUGACACUGGGCCCCUGCACAGACUCAGAGGCAUGGCACUACUCGCCCGCCAAGGCCCUGACCAUCAAGGGGACCUACUUCUGCCUCCAGGCCCAGGAGCUCGGGAAGCCCGCGAAGCUCGGGAUCAUCUGCGCGGACUCAAACUCGAGGUGGGAUCCCAUCUCAGACUCAAAGAUGCACCUGUCCUCCAAGGCCGAGGACGGGUCCUCGGUGUGCCUGGACGUGGACCCCGACACUAACAUUCUGGUGACUAAUGAGUGCAAGUGCCUGAGCCGGGACAAAUGGUGCGAUCCUGCCAGUCAGUGGUUUAAGCUUGUGGAUAGCACGAGGAGUCUGGGUGGUCCAGAGGAUAGUUACAAUGUCUUGGAUUCUCGCUCGACUGAUGGGGCAUCAGCAGUGAUCUGAUAUUGCACCGGUGAUAUUUGAAGGACUAAUUCGUGCCGAACUCCAUGAAAAGUUAACUUCACCUUCACCUGCUAAUAUAUUUAAGGAUACACCUUUAUGCCAUUGAUCAAACGGAAAAGGUCUAUAAUCGGGGCUUUCCUGAUUCAGGUA